CUCCGGCCUGCCUAGCGCCGGGUCAUUCCCUUCAGCCCUGCGGCGGUCUGACCGUCUCGCACCUCCGGGGCUCGGCAGUCCCCUGGCUCCGGCCGCUGGGGAACAUGGAGUUUGCGGAGCUGAUUAAGACCCCGCGGGUGGACAAUGUGGUGCUGCACCGGCCUUUCUACCCCGCCGUCGAGGGGACCUUGUGUCUGACUGGCCACCACCUGAUCCUGUCCUCCCGGCAGGACAACACGGAGGAGCUAUGGCUCCUCCAUUCAAACAUCGAUGCCAUCGACAAACGGUUUGUAGGACCACUGGGUACCAUCAUCAUAAAAUGUAAAGAUUUUCGAAUUAUUCAGUUGGAUAUUCCUGGAAUGGAGGAAUGUUUGAAUAUAGCUAGUUCUAUUGAGGCCUUGUCCACCCUGGACUCCAUCACUCUGAUGUACCCUUUCUUUUACCGGCCCAUGUUUGACGUGAUAGAAGACGGCUGGCAUUCCUUCCUCCCCGAGCAGGAGUUUGAACUCUACUCUUCAGCGACCAGUGAAUGGAGGUUAAGCUACGUCAAUAAGGAAUUUGCUGUCUGCCCCUCUUACCCACCAAUUGUCAUCGUGCCCAGAGCCGUUGAUGACGAAGCUCUCCGGAAGGUAGCUGCGUUUCGACACGGAGGCCGCUUCCCAGUUCUCAGCUAUUAUCAUAAAAAAAACGGAAUGGUAAUUAUGCGAAGUGGUCAGCCACUCACUGGCACAAAUGGGAGACGGUGCAAAGAAGAUGAGAAGCUGAUCAAUGCUACCCUCAGAGCAGGAAAGCGGGGCUACAUCAUCGACACCCGGCCUCUGAACGUAGCUCAGCAAGCCAGGGCCAAAGGAGGCGGCUUUGAGCAAGAAGCUCAUUAUCCCCAGUGGAGGCGGAUUCAUAAGUCCAUUGAGAGGUAUCACAUUCUUCAAGAGAGCUUAGUCAAACUCGUGGAAGCGUGCAAUGACCAAACACACAACAUGGACCGGUGGCUCAGUAAACUGGAGGCCUCCAACUGGCUGACUCACAUCAAGGAGAUUCUGACCACCGCCUGCCUGGUGGCUCAGUGCCUGGACAGGGAAGGAGCAUCCAUACUGAUUCACGGAACAGAAGGAACUGAUUCCACGCUGCAGGUCACCUCCCUGGCCCAGAUCAUCUUGGAACCAAGAAGCAGGACCAUCCGUGGCUUUGAAGCCUUGAUAGAAAGAGAGUGGCUGCAGGCUGGCCACCCAUUCCAACAGCGCUGCGCUCAGUCAGCCUAUUGUAACAGUCGGCAGAAGUGGGAGUCGCCUGUGUUUCUUCUCUUCUUGGACUGUGUGUGGCAGAUUCUUCGUCAGUUCCCUUGUUCUUUUGAGUUUAAUGAGAAUUUCCUCAUCACGCUCUUUGAGCAUGCGUACGCCUCGCAGUUUGGAACAUUUCUGGGCAACAAUGAAAGUGAAAGAUGUAAGUUGAAGCUACAGCAGAAAACGAUGUCUCUGUGGUCCUGGGUCAACCGGCCCAGUGAACUGAGCAAGUUCACCAACCCUCUCUUUGAAGCCAACAAUCUUGUCAUCUGGCCUUCGGUGGCUCCACAGAGCCUUCAGCUGUGGGAGGGUAUUUUCCUACGUUGGAACAGAUCCUCCAGGUACUUGGAUGAAGCAUAUGAAGAAAUGGUUAACAUCAUUGAAUAUAACAGGGCAUUGCAGGCGAAAGUGAAUAUCCUUAGGAGGCAGCUGGCAGAACUGGAGACUGAGGAUGGAACGCAGGAGAGCCCCUGAAUUGAGGAGCCCCACGCCCCAGAAGGACCGUCCGCCCGCUGGCCCACCUCUCUCUCCUUUGCCCUUCAGUUCACUUUCACACAGUAGCCUUGAACUUAAGGCUUUAGAUGUGAGAACCUUCUAAUGUAAUGGGGUUCUCAGUACUUUAUGAAUGAAACAUACUAUAGUUACUCGUGUUUCAUGUGGCCUGUGAGGCCUCUUCACUUUGGGAGCAGGAAGGAGGUGCUAGUAAUUUUAUUUAAUAGUGAAACAGGUGACCUAUUUAAUGCCAUUUGUGUUAUAUGCCAUUUUAGCAUAAGCCUUUUUCUCUGCGUCCACUUCCCAAACAGUCCUCCAGACCAGUCAAGGACAUGAUUAAUCUCUUUAGGGAGUAUUUGUUAGUUUAAAAAAGGAUCAGACUUUUAAACACUCCAAAUACAGAAAUAUUUUCAAACUUGAAAUGGUUGGUAAACCAAGAAUUUUGUGUCUAAUAUGCCAUUUGCAAUAUCUUUGCCACAUAAUGUAGCCAUUCUCUUUAAAAUAGUUUUGUACUGACAAAGCUGAAUUCAUUCUCGUUCUGCUUUGUCAGGAAAGGAAAAUCGGAAUAUUUAUUCAAGGUAAAUUAUUUUUACAAGGGCAGUAGUUAUAGUCCUCUGAUAUUUACCUUAAGAAGUAAAUUUAUUUUAACAGUAGACAAAAGUAUGUGCAGUACAGAAAAAAAUAGGAAUUUUUACUGAUAAGGUAUCAUUAGUGUUGAAUUGGUUUUUCAGGGUUUUGACCAUCCAUACAAAUGUGUAUCGAAUGCUUGGUGUAACAUUAAACCAUCAUUUAGAAUAGAUGUCGAUUUGUUAUAAUUAAGCUACAAAUAUGGUUUCUUUAAACCAGAGAUGCACUGCCCUUGUCUGAAGUUACUGCGCUGGUU